CGACCAUCAAAGUACAUUCUCUUUCGUCACACAACACAAAAACAUCACAAUGUCUCCAUCACGAGCAGCAGACGUCGAGGACGAUGACCCAGUCAUUGCAGAAUACAACGUCUAUAUCACACCACGCCAACUCGAGCAAAUCUACCUCCUGCAAUACCCCAACCGCAACCGUAGUCAAGCCUACAACGACCGCAAUGGCGCACGUCCUGUCGACUUCCGACUAAAGCCUCAAGCCGGUUUCAUGGAAAUGGAUAUUGGCAUGAACCCGAGCGCAAACUUCAACAAAUUUCAAAGUCUGGUCUGGGGAGAGGCGAUCAGGAAAUCCAAGACCAACGGUGGCAGCGCGACUUUUGGUGCUGCGGCAGGUUUCGCGCCGACGAAAGGUGGAAAGGGUAGAGCCAAGCAGGAAGGAAGUGAGAUGAGUGUCGACCAAGGACUUGCGAGGUUCCAGGAGGCUGUCAACAGAGACGCUGUGUAUCAAAAGCAGACUCUGGGCGGUCAGAUCUUGCAAGACGAAGCAGGCAAUCCAAACUACAUGUUGGGUGCUUUCCGCGGUGAUGAACUGCACCUAACGCGCGUUGACGGCGUGGUCCAAAUGCGCCCUCAAUUCCACCACGUGGACGCAAUCACCCACGCCGAAACCGCCGCCCGCCGCACCGAAGCAGCCGAAGGAAACGGUCCCUCCGGUCCCGGUGCAGCCGCAGCAGCAGCAAAACAACCCCAAGCCCUCGCGCUAGCCCAAACCUACAAAGACAACCGCGACGUCGAGAAUCUAGAAGCCCUGCGCGCCAAAAACCUGCUACUCAUCGCCGCAGAGGAAAAAUGGACGCGCCUCGAGUACUUCGAUGAAGAUGAGGAGGCCAGUUAUGAGACUUAUCAUGACAGGCUGUUUUUGAAGGAGCCGGGUGCAGCACCACCGUUGAAGAGUCAGAUGAAGAAUGAGGAAUAUCUGGAUGCUAUUUCGGCGCCUAGAGUUGAUCCUUCGGGAAGAAAGAAGAAGAGGCCGUUGACCAAGAAGCAGAUGGAGAGGAUUGAGGCUGCGGAGGAUGAUGUGGAGGGGUCUGGUGAGAUGGGUGGAGAGGUUGAGGUGGAGAUGACUUGAAGUGGGUAGAGUACAGAUCAUCAUUCUUUCACUGGACGUAAUAUCGAAUAUGGAAAUCAGUCUGUAUUUCUAGAAGCAAAAACCUCGCUAUUUCAACACCUCCCCUUAUCACUCAAACUCUAUCAAAAUGCAGAAACGAAUUCAAACAUCAAACAUCGUUCACCGAAAGCCCCACUUGGACAUCCUCUCUGUGGUCAAAACUCAACAUC